AGUUGUCAUGGUUGUCAUUGUCAAUAAAAACAUCGUGUAGGUGUAACUCGCUGAAUUUGUAUAAAGAUUUUGUUUUACUUAACUGAUUUUAUUUUUUUGUUGUAAUAAAGACCUAAAUUUUGUCUGUUCAUUAAGUGUGGUAGUUUUAAUUGGUGAGUUGAAUCAUUCAAAAGUAUUAACAUCUAGCAUUUCAUUGUCUGUUUAACAUGGCGUUUAUGGCGACAUGUGCAAACGAUUACGCUCGUCCUUUAUUGUAUUAGUUACGUUACGACCUAAGUACUUACUCAAAAACUGUGUCGAGAAGCGCCUGUAACACAUUUUGUGUUUAAUUAUUAUUCUUUUAUUACACUACGGGUUUGCGGUUUCGAAUGUAACGUUACCAACCAAGCAUUGCAAUGGUGAAAACCCGUCGGAGUAAUGGAGAGAACGGAGAGGUUGACGACGGAAAUUAUACUAUUAACGACAUUGGCAGCGUCUCUGAUGAGAAGGCAUCAAAUUGGUCACAACGAGAGCUGAGGAGUAGCCAGUAUAAAGUUACAAGGAAAAUUCAACAUUGGCCAACUAAAUAUAGCCGUCGCCGUCGUACAAUCAAAAUGCCACGUUUGAUGUUUCCAGAGAGCGACACUGAACCUGAAAAAUAUUCUAGAAGAUCGAGACAAGUGAGAGUUUUCUUUGCAGAGGAUGAUGUUUCAGCUAAUAGAAGCAUGAGAAUUAGAAGUAAACCUAGAAAAAAUUACGUGGAAGACAGUGAAGAUAAACCUAUACAAGAAAAUGUUCGAAGAAGCUGCCGUAAACGCAAAUUGCUACAUCACAAUUUUAAUGAGAGUUGGAUUACCAACGAACUAAAGGUCAAAGGUUAUCCCGAUACAUAUGGUUUACCUGUGUCUACUUCAUCAGAUGAGUCUAGUUCUGGUGAUGAAACAAGAGCAACUAAGAAAAUCAAUCACAAUAUUCCAGCCAAUACAGAUGAAGAUACACAAUUGUCGUCUCGCCAACAAAGAAAAUCAGCUAGGUUUAGUAAGAAAAGUAAUGAUGCUUCUGAAUCCGAUUCCGAGGAUGACAAUAACCAGACUGUAAUAGAGAAAAAACCUGUAACUACAGAGGAUGAACAAGUCAAGAGAGAAGGUGAUGAAGCACCACCACUUAGUGAUAAGAACGAUGUUGAAAUGCCGGACCAGAAUCAGGAUAGCGAAAGUAACCAAGCUGCUACCAGAAUCACUCCCAAAAAGAAAAAAGGCCGACCAAAGAAAGAAGACAGUCAACAAGAAACAGAGACGUCGUCAUCGGAAUCGGGCAGUGAGUUAUCGCUCAAUAGACAGCCGCGUCGCUCUAAACGCACAAGGAACCCCAAACCCGCCUUCGUGCAAAUCGCUCAGCGGGAAACCAGGGGCAGAGCUAAAACAUUUACAAUAAGGAAGAAACCAUAUUCAUUAAGGGAGAGAAAACCGAAAAUCCUUCGUAGGAAGACAAUUAGAUCUCAGUCACCAUCUUCUAGUAGCAGCAGUAGUACUUCGAGUAGCGAUACGGAAGAAGACCUAAAUGUUUCUAUGAAAAAUAAAACCAAAGGAAGACAAAAGUCGAGAGGUACUGAUGACAAGAAAUCAUCUGAUAGGGCAUUGAGGGAUAUACAACCUGUUGAGGUUGAUGGAAGUGUGAGAUUCUCAUCGGUGGGCGGUUUAGAAGAACACAUUAAAUGUCUACGGGAGAUGGUACUCUUUCCUCUCAUGUAUCCGGAUCUAUUUCAAAAGUUCAAGACUCGUCCGGCCAAAGGCGUUCUAUUUCACGGUCCGCCAGGUACUGGCAAGACUUUGUUGGCCCGUGCUCUUGCCAAUGAGUGUACUCUAAUUGGUGGCAGAAAAGUAGCCUUCUUCAUGAGGAAGGGCGCCGAUUGUCUGAAAAAAUGGGUUGGUGAAAGCGAAAGGCAUCUUAAGCUGCUUUUUCAACAGGCAAAUAAAAUGAAGCCGUCAAUAAUAUUUUUUGACGAGAUAGAUGCACUCGCGCCUGUCCGAAGCGUACGUCAGGAACAAGUGCACACUAGCGUAGUGGGCACCUUGUUAGCUGAAAUGGACGGCCUGUGCGAUCGAGGUGAAGUGGUUAUAAUAGGCGCUACAAAUCGCCUCGACGCUGUAGACCCGGCGUUAAGACGUGCGGGUCGUUUCGACCGCGAGCUAUACUUUCCACCGCCUGCUACGGCCGCCCGGCGUGACAUACUAGACAUAUACACGCAGCAUUGGACACCGAAGUUGCCGCAUCAAGAAUUAGACCAUAUAGCACAACUAACAAGCGGUUAUGGAGGAUCGGAUUUAAAAGCGCUUUGCUCAGAAGCAGUUUUGAAAGCGUUAAGAAGGGUGUACCCACAAGUAUACGAAAGCGAAUAUGCACUUCUUAUAGAUGCGAAAAAUGUACAAGUCACGAAGCGAGAUAUGCUCGAUGCGAUGGAUUCAUUAGUGGCGGCUGGAGCUCGUAGUAGUCCUUUAGCAGCGCGCCGCCUCCCACCUCAUUAUGAGCCUUUGUUGUCGCCGCAGCUGCAAGCCGCCGCGCUGCUACUGCGUUACCACCGUCCUCUAGCCGGCCCAAUGAAUCGUUCAUUAACACCUAGUGCGUUACUCAUUACCGGCGAGUGUGCCGAAACCUUCAUAGCUCCAGCGAUCCUAUCUGAUAUGGAAAAUUAUACUGUUAAAGAACUCAGCAUGGCUACUCUACACUCUGCCGUUGCGUUCACCCCUGAACAGGCCAUUAUAUCGUUGUUUUCGGAAUGUCGUCGGGCGGAUCGCGGCUGCGUACUGUUCGUUCGCGACAUACUAUCCGUGUGGAUUUCGUUGACCGGCGCGGGUACUGCGUUACUAUUGCAGUUGUGGAGAACGCGCGCCGCCGGUGACAAUACACUAUUGUUGGCAACCACUUCGUUACCGCACGUUGAAUUACCGCCAGAGCUGCAAGAGCUAUUUCCACUGUACAAAGAUUGCGUAUACAAAAUGCGCGAGCCAAGUGCCGCUGAAGUGAUCGCAUUUCUGAAACCUAUGGUUGCCGAAGCACUUGUAGAACCACCACCAGUGGAGAACACCGAUCCACCGCCUCCGUUGCCAAGAGCGCCACCGCCUCCGCCGCCUCGAGAGACUGAAGAAGAAAUAGCUCGGCGGAAGCGCAAGGAAGAUUAUAAGCUUCGUGAAUUGCGUAUAUUUUUAAGGGACAUCUGCCGUAAACUCGCCUCCAACCGUCGUUUCUACAAGUUCACAAAACCAGUCGAUUUGGAAGAGGUAACGGACUACCUCGACAUUGUAAAGCAGCCGAUGGACUUAGAGACGAUGAUGACUAAAGUCGACAUGCACAAGUACAACUGCGCAAAAGAGUUUCUGGAUGAUAUAGACCUCAUUUGUGCGAACGCACUGGAAUACAAUCCCGACAGGACAUCGUCUGAUAAACAAAUACGUCACGAGGCGUGCUCGCUCAGAGAUCAUGCUCACGCGCUUAUAGACGUUGAAAUGGACAGCGACUUCGAAGUGGAAUGUCAAGAGAUCGCCAAGAAACGUCGGGAGGAAGGCGAUAUUGCCGACAACGACUUGCCAGAUUUUAUCUACACAGCUUCUAAUUUGCCUCAUGAUUUAGCCGAUUCAAUUGCAAACGAUAGUAAAAUACGCACUCCACAAAAUGGUGAUAAAAGUGAAUCUCAUUCGGCGAGGCGCAAGCGCAGGCGCAUGAACGCUUGGUCCAAGGGUUUAGUUGUAAAGAGGCAAAAAACAUCACAGAAGUUUGCAUUUCAGACUUUCAAAGAUUCGGGCAUGCCGAUAACGGACGAAGAGUCCAAAGAGAAUAAACCAAUAACGUCGACUCCGUUGCCGAACGGCGAAGUGACGUCAUCGUCCGAGUCUGACGAUAAUGCACCUCUGAGGAGGCCACAAGACGAAACACUGUUCAAUGUUAGCGCUUACACUACAAGCAACAACCAUGUAUUAGACAGUCCAACAAAAUCGACAGAUAAGUCGACACCGAAAACUUCACCAAAGAAAAGGAAUUCAGGGCAUGACAUAAAUACAGAUACAGAGAGAGUACUGAUAAACAAGACUGAGUUAGAUAACGUUGUAUAUAAGAAUGCGAAAGCCCUCCGCUCUAUAGGGCUUAAUGCUUUAUUGGACCUCCAUACGCAGGCGAGUGAACACAUCCGAACAUAUUCCACAAAACACGAUCGCACCAAAUUACCACAAGAGCUCCAAUCCAUAGUUACAAGGUAUCUACAAAUGGCAAAGUGA